AAGGUGGAAGACAGGUCGAAGCAGAGUGAAAGAGAAGCUGCUGGUUGGACCACAAUGAAACCCAUCCUAGUGCUACUGCUGGUGCUCCUGGACCUGGCUGAGUCCCAAGGAGUUCUACACAGGGUGCCCCUCAGAAGGCAUCAGUCCCUCCGGAAGAAACUACGGGCUCAAGGCCAACUCUCAGACUUCUGGAAGUCCCAGAACUUGGACAUGAUCCUAUUCAGUGAGUCCUGUGAAAUAGAUCAGAGCGCCAACGAGCCCCUCAUCAAUUACCUGGAUAUGGAAUACUUUGGGACUAUCUCCAUUGGCUCCCCACCACAGAACUUCACUGUCAUCUUUGACACUGGCUCCUCCAACCUCUGGGUCCCUUCUGUGUACUGCACCAGUCCUGCAUGCAAGUCACACCCGGUGUUCCACCCAUCCCAGUCCAGCACAUACAUGGAGGUAGGGAAUUAUUUCUCCAUCCAGUAUGGUACCGGGAGCCUCACAGGAAUAAUCGGAGCUGACCAAGUCUCUGUGGAAGGGCUGACUGUGGAUGGCCAGCAGUUUGGAGAAAGUGUCAAGGAGCCUGGCCAGACCUUUGUGAAUGCAGCAUUUGAUGGGAUUCUGGGCCUAGGAUACCCCUCCUUGGCUGCUGGAGGGGUAACCCCAGUGUUUGACAACAUGAUGGCCCAGAACCUUGUGGAUCUGCCUAUAUUUUCUGUCUACUUGAGCAGUGACCCGCAAGGUGGCUCAGGCAGUGAGCUGACUUUUGGAGGCUACGACCCCUCUCAUUUCUCUGGGAGCCUUAGUUGGAUCCCAGUCACCAAGCAAGGCUACUGGCAGAUUGCCCUGGAUGGAAUCCAGGUAGGAGACACUGUGAUGUUCUGCUCCGAGGGCUGCCAGGCCAUUGUGGACACAGGUACCUCCCUCAUCACUGGCCCUCCUGACAAGAUCAAACAGCUUCAAGAGGCCAUUGGGGCCACACCCAUGGAUGGAGAAUAUGCUGUGGAUUGUGCUGCCCUUAACGUGAUGCCAAAUGUCGCCUUCCUCAUCAAUGGGGUUUCAUACACCCUCAGCCCAACUGCCUACAUCCUGCCGGACUUAGUGGAUGGAAUGCAGUUCUGCGGCAGUGGUUUUCAGGGACUUGACAUCCAUCCUCCAGCUGGGCCCCUCUGGAUCCUGGGGGAUGUCUUCAUUCGACAGUUUUACUCAGUCUUUGAUCGUGGAAAUAACCAAGUGGGAUUGGCCCCUGCAGUCCCCUAAAUAGGAAUGUAUGUUUAUGUAUGGAUGCCUGACACCCCUUUAACAUGUUAGGUCUGUUUGUGACUAUCAAAGUCACUUCCCACAGGAUGUAGCCAGAGUGUUCAGACCAAACAAAGCAUGAGAGCACACAUAGAACCUCCCACACAUGCACAAUCACAGCCAUCCACACAUGCACACACACAGCCUCCCACACAUGAACAAACACAGCCACCCACACAUGCACAGGUACAGCACUUCUACCAUCACCAUAAUGAAAGAAUGAAGUUCUGGAUGUAGUCUUUAUUGCUUUUUGUUGACUUUCUGUUACGGAAAUCUCCAAACAUACACACAAGUAGACAUGAUAGCGAAAUAAAUCCCCAUGCACCUCUCUCCCUCACUUCACAACCCACCCACAUGUGGCCAGGAGCCUCUAUCUUCUCCCCCUCAGCUCCUCACAUCUAGAUUUGGAAGCAAAUUCUAAGCACCAUGUCAUCUUAUCUAAUGCUUAAUAUCCUUAAAAGUCAGAGUUGAAAUAGCUCUCACCCUCUCAUAAAUGUACACCUGUUUUUACAGUUGGUUUAUUUGUAUCAGGGUUCAAAUCAGAUUCAUAACUGAAAAUAAACAUAAGUUGCAUUAUUUUGAAA